CAUAAACUUUGAACUAUGAACUUAGUACUCCACGUGGCAAAGCUAAGAAGCUAAAGUUGUACAAUGGAGGGUGAAGGAGAUAACGACAGUGUGCUAUCAGAGGAUGCAUCGUGGAUACAGCAGGAUGAUCAAGAUGACAGUUUCCAGAAGUUGGAGAGUUUAGAUCCUCAGAAACGUGUUCAGUUGGAGGCUCGUAUUAUGGGCCGUCGGGGAUCAGAGGUCAGUCCUGCCCGACGAGGGUCAGAGGCCAGUCCGGACAAGAGCAGCAGUUGUGGGGCUUCCAGAAAGAGAGGUCUAAACAACAACCACAGUAAACAAGGUACCUCUAAGAUAGCAAAGAUUGAGAGUUUCUUCUCUCCUUGUCGUAAGGAUGUGUGUACACAGUCUGACCUCACGUUGACCUCAUUGACCUCUCUGGAAGCUCGUGCAGGGGACAGCCAUGACACCUCACUACUCAGACAGCGUACUGGUGAACUAGAGCAAAGGUUGAACUUAGUGCAAGGGAAACUGGACAGUACUACAGUACGUCUGAGCAAGGUCACAGAGGUCACUAAUCAGCUACUCAUUCAGAAGUGUGUAUCAGAGCAGAAAGAGGUACGACAGACUAGUGUUCAGAAUCAACUGCGCCUGGGUCGCUUCAACAACCAAAGACAGGGUGCAAGGUUCGUGGAGGUGUGGGUGGAUGGGUUUGCCUUCUCGGAGCUAGGAGACAGACAAGAAGAGCUGACUCAGCAAAGAGAAGAAAUUGAGAAGCAACGCAAAAUGAUAUCAAAGAGAAAGCCGUCCGUUAGUACUGGAGGCAACAAAGGAAAGAGUGAUGAUGGAUUUACUCGUCCAUCCACUCCAAGUUUCACCCCUCUGGAGUACAUGGAGCGUGAUGAGGUGUUAAAGUUGCGAGCAGCGGCACUAAAGAAAGAAGAGACGAUAUUGACAGGGGAAUUGGAGAAGUUAGAACGAGAACGAAAUCUUCACGUCCGCGAACUGAAGAGAAUAGCUGCCGAGGACAGUUCAAGGUUCAAGGGUAACCCCACCCUCCACUCUCGCUACCUUCUCCUCAAUCUGAUUGGUCGCGGGGGAUUCAGUGAAGUUUACAAGGCAUUUGACCUUCAAGAGCACAUGUACGUGGCAUGUAAAAUACAUCAACUCAAUACCGACUGGAGGGAGGAUAAGAAGGCAAACUAUAUCAAACAUGCACUGAGAGAGUAUAACAUCCACAAGAAGUUGCAUCAUUCAAACAUUGUGCAACUAUUCGAUGUGUUUGAAAUUGACUCUAACUCAUUCUGUACUGUACUGGAGCAUAUUGAUGGGCAUGAUUUAGACUUCCUUCUCAAACAGAACAAGACACUAUCAGAAAAAGAGUCAAGAGCAAUCAUAAUUCAGACAAUCUCCGCUCUUAAAUACCUCAACGAAAUCAAGCCCCCCAUCAUCCACUUUGACCUCAAGCCAGGGAACAUAUUGCUAGGUCGCGGUGUGAGAACCUUUGAGGCCAAGAUUACUGACUUUGGUUUGAGCAAGAUACUAGAGGGAGAUAAUCCAGUGGAUAUGGAGUUAACGUCGCAGGGGGCCGGCACUUAUUGGUACUUACCACCAGAGUGUUUUGUGAUUGGUAAAGAUCCACCAAAGAUUUCAUCAAAGGUUGAUGUGUGGUCGGUGGGAGUCAUCUUUUAUCAAUGCUUGUAUGGGAAGAAGCCGUUUGGGCACAACCUCUCUCAAGCUAGUAUUCUGGAGCAGAACACAAUUCUGAGAGCUACAGAAGUUGAUAUUCCAGUCAAGCCUGCAGUCAGUCAAGAGGCUAAGGCGUUCAUACGGCGUUGCCUUAGUUACAACAAGGAGAGACGACCUGAUGUGCUCACACUUUGUGAGGAUUUGUAUCUCAAACCAAAGAAACAACAAACUAUUGCGCACAGCUCUUCCACUAGCUAGCAUAAACUAUAUACAAUAAGACUUCCAAGAAUUCUGUCUAUAAUUAUCAUUAUUACGAUUAUCCAAACUGUGCAAUUUUGUUGCUAUCCAUAAACAUUGUACUAUAUAACCAACAGUGAUUGAAUUAUAGAAACAUACAAAACGA